AUAUGUAAUAAACAUAGAGAGGUCGUAAAAUGAAAAAGAGUCAGAGUUCUAAGAAAAUCAGGGCUUAAACUGAGGAUAUUAAGAAGAAAUCUUUAAAUAAGAAGACGGUUUGUGUGAGACAAUUUUACGUAGGUCCUGGGAACAAUGGCAAAUUGAUCGCAAAUUAUUUAUCAUAACUUCAGUACACUUAUUGCAUAAAUCAAUAUUUAGAGGUUGGAAAUAAUUGGAUCAAGAGAUAAGUAAGACUAAUAACGAUUUCUAUUUAAAAUGGGUGUAAACCAAUUCUGAAAUUUAAUUUUAAUUGUUCAAAGAAGGGCAAUAAAUAAUCAACCAUUUACCGAAUCAUAUGAUUCUGACAUCCAAAUAGUUAAUAAUUUAAACUAUGAAGGAAUACGAAAGAUCAAAAUAAUGUAUAGAUACAAUAUUUAAAUAAGAAUUGCAAUUUAGUUCAAGUCAUUUUUUCCCUGAAACCUACAGAAUCGACUUGACUUCAGAACAAUUGAGUCUUGAAGAAGACUAAUUCCUGAAGACAGAUAAUUCGGCUGUUUGGAUAAUUAAACCAACAUAUUUUAAUUGUGGACGAGGUAUCAAGCUCUGUUCUAAUGCUAAAAAACUGAAAUAGGAAUUUUUAAAGUAGAGUUUAUAUGAUUUAGAUUAAAAUAAAUUUCAAAUUAAAUAAAAGCUUAAAAAGGAUUUUUAUAAAAUGGGAUUUUCACUCCCAAUUUGAGAAAGUGUAUUGUUCAAAGAUAUAUUGAGAAUCCAUUGCUUUUGGAAGGCAGAAAGUUUGACAUUCGAUGUUAUGUUUUGAUUGCCACUACUCGACCGUUAUUUGUACUAUUUCAACAUGGCUAUCUACGAUUAUCGGUUGAUAAAUAUAACGUUGAAGAUAUGGAUGAUGAAAAAAAUAGAUAUAAACAUUUAACCAAUGCUGCUAUUUAAAAGAAGCAUCCCUCUUUCAAUCAAUCAAAGGAAUCAACUAUUUGGUCUAUGCAACAAUUCGAAGUAAAGGAUUUUAUUAAGAUCCCUAGUAAUAUUUAAAAGACAAAAAGAAUGUUACUUAAGAAAGGAUUGAAUUAAUAUAUUUAUAAAUGAAAAAGAUCUUUGCCCAUAUCAUUAGAUGUUCAAGUGAUAAAUUUGAAAAACGAUUAGGAACUUUUGAGUUAAUGGGUUGUGAUAUAAUGAUUGAUACUAAUUUAAAAGUUUACUUAAUUGAGAUGAACACCAAUCCUGCAUUAUUCCUCGGUAUUAAUAUGAUAUCAUGUAGAUACUACUACCUAAGCUGCAGUUAUUCCCCCAGUGAUACAUUAAACACUUGAUUUAGUUAUCUAUUUAAACGAAGAAAGAAACAAACCGAUUGAAAAGAACUUAUAAAAUUAAAGUAAAUUAAAAUUAGGAAAUUGGGAAGUAAUUCAUAAUGAAGUUACUAAUUACAAUUUAGUUACCCAAUUGAAUUGA